UUGCCUGUUUUUGCAAAUAAAAAUGCCUUAGGGGUCUUGUGAUGUUCUUGUCACAGGCUGCAAGUCGUAGCCUUGUCAAAACUCGCCUAUUAGUGGCUGUAGGUCUGAAAAACUGAUAUAUGACAUAUAUGAGGGGUACAAAGCAUGCAUACCGAGCCUGGAUUACUCAUCUCAUCUGAACGUGCCCGCUCGUAAAUAUAAUCGCUUUUUGGAGAACGUCUUUAUACAGAAGGACCUGCACUCCAGAAGAAAACAUAUGCAAUUCUCAUAAACAAGACAUAAGUAGUUAACAUGGAAUGGACAAGCUAACCACAACCAAGAUUGUGAAAGUAGAGGGGGGAUCUGGAGGAACUGGAAAAGAUAUACAGAAACACACAGAGACGGUAACCACCACAAGAUUAACAUCUUUACCACCAAAGGGCAUCAGUAGCUCAUCGAGCAGCCAACAAGUGCUGACCUCCAGCUCUAGCACAGGAGGAGCUGUCCUGGUGGAGAAGAAGAUCUACACUCAGGGCGGCGCUGAAGGGGGCACUUCAAGGACUUAUGUGAUAUCAUCCUCCUCAUCUGGAAGUUCAGCCACCAGCAGUUCAGGAGGAGGGUCUGCGGUUGAGGCGUAUGACGGCUCCCUGCCCUCAUCCGCAGGCGCUGCACGUGAGCUCAGCUUAACCGCUGGGCCGAUUAGUAGUUCUAUGGUUAAGAGCUCUAGUUCAAAAGUGAAAAGCUCCAGCAUCUCUACCUCAAUCGCAACCACUGGAAGUUCCUCCUCAGCAACAGGCGGAGAUCUUUUAGCGGGAUACGGGUUCUCUGAGUACGCGUCCGGUUCGGCUGGUGUUUCUGGGGGUAGUACGAGCAUGUCUAGAAGUGGAGGAGGUGGGGUUGGGUCCUCAGGACUCAUGUCUGCCGGAGGAACUUCCAGCUCGAUGACUGUAACCAAAUACAGCUCAUCGUCCCCCACUGGAACGAGGAAAACCAUGAGUUACAGCACCGUUCCCACAGAGAGGAAGAGCAGUCUGACCCAUCAUACUGGAGGAUAUGAGGGGAGCUCCAGUGGCAAUUCUUCCCCUGAGUAUACAAAGAAACAGUAUGUUACAGUCGCCACAAGAGGGCGCACUCAGACGCGAGAGAGUGAGAUCAGAGCCAGACUGCAGAGCGCCUCUCCCUCCACUAGAUGGACAGAACUGGACGAUGUAAAGAGAUUACUGAAGGGAAGUCGCUCUGCGAGCAUCAGUCCGCCACGUUCACCCACAAACACACUACCCAUCCCGAAAAAAGCCAGCGUGGAAACGCGCCACGAAAGCCAUGGAGGUCAUUAUGAUGGCUCAGUUCUGGAAGCUGGAUUCAGCGGAUACUACACCAACCCCAAUAACCUCAGUUAUAGCACUCUGCAACAACCCACAUCGCCCUCAGGUAUGCAGAAUAAUUUGACCCUCGGCUCAUCUGCCCUCAGCAGUGCAGUUUACGGGAUGCAGAAUAACCUGUCAACUGGUGGGGCUCUCAUGGUUAAUGGAGUAAGUGCUGGCCAAGUGUAUGGAGCACCAAAAAAUUAUGGAAGUGUUGGACUGGGUAGCGCUGUUCCUGCUGUCCCAGGCAGUCUUAUCACCGCCGAUGAUGUGUUUGUAAAAGACGGCAAGUUUAUUGCCAUUGGAAAAGAAAAUGUCGGAGCCAAGAAAGAGGCUGAGAGGUUGAUCAUGUCAAAAAACACUGGAAAGCAGUUUACUACCUCAACCACGAGUGCUGGACCAGAUGGCUUUUCUGAAGACUCGCUCAAAAGAGAGAAAAGAAUGAUUUCAAGCACUAUGGAAACCCCCAUCAUAACUUCUAAAUCAUCAACAAAAGACAAGGCCACCUAUGCAGAGAUCCGUAAAGAUGAGUCAGAUGGUGCAGGAAUGGCCGUCUGUUCCUGCUGCUCAUGGUGGAAGUGGCUUUUGGCAUUGAUCCUCGGUCUUCUGCUUCUGCUGGGACUUCUCUGUGGUCUCGUGGCACUGGGCGAGGAGGUCAGGAAGCUGAAGGCUCGUAUGGAUGCUGUUGACGGUGGAGAGACCUCGUCCUCUGCCCGAGCCAGUCGGUUAUCUUCCUCCUCGGCCAUAAACAUUGUGGAUCCCCUCGACUCUUCAUACGCCGAGCGUGCCCCGAGCGUCCGAUCUGAUAACACUGGCCCAGCUCCUGCUCCACAAGACCCCGUGGUUUUACAAAAGACCAUAGAGCAGAUAGUCAGAAAUGAGCUGCAGUCUGACACUGUUAGAGUGUCAUUUGCGUCUUCGCUUAAGGGUGAGCGAGGAGAACCUGGGCCGAAAGGUGACCAAGGUUCUCCUGGAGUGAAAGGUGAAACAGGAUUUCCUGGACCUUCAGGUCCUCCUGGUCUGAUUGGUCACCCAGGACAGGAAGGUCCCAGAGGACCCAAAGGAAGUGCAGGUGAAGCAGGAACCGAUGGUUUACCUGGACCAAGAGGUCGGGAGGGGCCAGCAGGACCGCGAGGAGAACCAGGACCCUCUGGAGUUGGAGAGAAAGGAGAUAAAGGCUCAUCUGGAGAUGUUGGUGCACCUGGUCCAGCUGGGCUAUCUGGCCCUGUGGGUCCCAAAGGUGAGGCAGGUGCACAAGGCCCUUCUGGUAUACCAGGAGCUCCUGGACCUCAAGGCUUCCGUGGAGAUAACGGUGAUCCCGGAUCUAAGGGAGAUAAAGGACCUCCGGGCCCCCCUGGCAUCAAAGGUGAUCAAGGAGACAGAGGACCUCGUGGUAACACUGGUGAGCCGGGUCAGGUCGGACCCGCAGGGCCUCCUGGUGAGAAAGGUCCAAAAGGAUCAGCAGGUGCCCCUGGUCCAGAUGGUGUUAAAGGCAUUCGAGGGGAUCAAGGUCCUGUUGGGUUGCCUGGAGCUCGAGGACCUCAGGGACCUCCUGGAGAUGCCGGAAUCCCAGGUACACCAGGACUACAAGGACCACCAGGGUUGCCAGGUACCCCAGGCCAGCCAGGAUCUAAAGGUGACCCAGGUGAACCCGGAAGAGUCAUUUCUGCAGGCCCUAGUAGUAACACUGUUGGUGUACCAGGACCACCUGGACCUCCUGGAGUACCGGGUCCUGCUGGAGCACCUGGGCUAUCAGGUCCCAUCGGUCCUGCUGGUCUACCUGGUUCACCUGGUCCAAAGGGAGAGGUGGGAGAAAAAGGGCAGGAUGGAAAACCAGGCACCUCAGAAAGUCCAGCAAGAAAGUCUGUUCCUGAACCUGGUCCUCCCGGCCCACCCGGCCCACCAGGAAUACCCGGUACACCAGGAAUCCAUGGGCAGGAUGGUAAACCAGGUGUUGGUCAACCUGGACCUCCUGGUCCAAAAGGUGAACCAGGAAGCUUUGUACCCACCUCAGAAACCUUCUUUGCUGGACCACCCGGACCUCCUGGACCUAUUGGUCCAAAGGGAUCACAAGGUGAAAUUGGUCCUCAAGGCUUCCCUGGCCAGCCUGGGUUACCAGGAGAACCAGGAAUCGGUAUUCCAGGACAGCCUGGAUCACCUGGACCGCGUGGAGAACAAGGUCCUGAGGGUCCACAAGGACCACCUGGAACUCCAGGACCAAUGGGUCCUUUGGGGCCAGAGGGUCCAAAAGGUGAUGCUGGAGUCCCAGGCGCCCCUGGUAUUCCUGGAUAUUCCUAUGGUGGAGGACCCGGCAGUGCUCCGGGACCACCAGGUCCACCUGGACCCCCGGGGCCUCCUGGACCUCCAGGCUCCUCUGGUGAUGGCUCACCAAAUGUCGCUCAACAGCUUUCAGACUACCUUCAAGAUGAUGGUAUUAGACAAUACCUUGCUGGACCCCCAGGCCCACCUGGACCACCAGGACCUCCUGGCUCAGCCUCUGAUGAUUCUUUGGCUAACCGUGUUAUUGAUUACCUUCAAAGAGAUGAAGUGAGACAGUACCUGAUCGGUCCUCCAGGACCCCCGGGACCCCCUGGUGUCCCAGGUGGGUAUGGCUUUAACACACAGGAAGUUGCUGGACGAGUCCUCAGAUUGAUGAAUGAUGCUGGUUUAAGAGGUCAACCAGGACCUCCUGGUCCCCCAGGACCUCAAGGACCCCCAGGAUCAUCUGGAGGACUGGUGUCAUACGCCGCAAAUGAACACCCGCAGGAAAUCCACGCAGAACGCCAAGAGUAUCGCACGAGUCCCUCAACCCCAGAUGAGCACUUGGAUUACCCAGCCAUUGCGAAACAUGUCUCAGAUUACAUUAGGUCAAACGGUCUGUUACCGAACAUCCUUGACCAGGGUGGUGUAAAAGUGAUUCCAGGUCCACCAGGUCCCCCUGGACCUCCCGGAAGGAGCGCGGAUUUCCGUUAUGCCAACAUGACUGAGAUUGUGGACUUCAUUAGAGAAAAUCGUAUGAUUGGACCACCAGGGAGACCAGGGAGAAAAGGGGAUAUGGGAUAUCCUGGACCAAGAGGAGACAAAGGUGAGAGAGGCAUGCAAGGUGUUUCUGGUCUACCAGGGCUGCCAGGCAUGGUCGGCCCGAGGGGAGAAAAAGGGGAGAAAGGUGAUGCUUCGUUUAUUACUCGUAGGAGGAGGAGCGUAGUCAAUUAGACUUAUGAUGUCUUAAGGGGUGGUCACACUAAACUUUUCAUCUAUUGACUUCCAUUCAUACACAUGCCAAUGUGUCAGACCGGAAAUGUGAGCUCAAGCGAAGAUAUUUUACAGUUCGCUGCGUACCAAAGUUUAAGCUGGUGAACCCUGACCUGCGAAUUUGUAUCAUUUAUAUCAUGUGUGACCAGUAGAAAAACGGUACGUCACGGCGUGACCUUUUUCUGUGCUGAUAAGCACAAAUGGACAAAGCCAAAGAACUUGUAUUGACAAAUAUUCGCAGUAACUUCCAAAAAAUAUUUGCAUGCUCAAAGUCUAUUGUUCAACCCAACAGGGAAGCCAUUUGUAUGUCCUGAUCAAAAACAUAGUGGGCUAUAAUGUGGAGGUGAGGGUUAAGUCGCUAUGCCCUUUGACCUACUUUUAGAUAUUAAUGCAUUUAUUUUUUUAAACCAUCAGACUUGUACAUAUUUUAAGUAAGGCUUUUAUAUAUUUUUUGAUACUUGGGCUAAACAAAAGUUAAAUAUCUUUAUUUUAAAUCAAUAAACAGGUUUACCUUCAUCACAUCAGUUUCUAAAGAACAUAUUAGUUUAUUUCUAAGCAACUACUACUAUAAACCAUAAAAAUUUUGCUUCAUUAUUGAAAUACUGACUGUGGUUCUCUUGGUUAAUUGCAAAAUGGGAUUUAAUCUAACAUCUGGGUUAGACAUGUUUUUAAUUUCGAUUUCAAGUGAUUAAUGUUGUUUACUCAUUCUAAAUGAUUUUAUUAUAGAAGAUAUGUUUUAUUGUUUGGCAAUAUGAUUUGUACUACAAACUGCAAUACUGUCAUUGUAGAAAACUUUGAAAAAUGUUUGAAUGUUGAACUGAGAAAUAAACAUUGAAUAAAGUUUGUUUUUUAAACUUGA